AUGUUCUCACAUCUUCUUUCCCUCUCUGCGCUUGCAGCAUUUGCUUCUGCAUCUCCCUUCGUUUACCCUCGCGAUACCAGUCCAUAUGUCUUCACUAAUUCAAAUGGACUUAACUUUACCCAAAUGAAUGCUACUUUACCAAACAUUACUGUUUUCGCAACUGGUGGCACAAUUGCAGGCUCUAGCAGCAGUAAUACAGCAACAACUGGGUACACUUCGGGCGCUGUGGGCAUCUUAACUCUUCUUGAUGCAGUUCCAGAGGUCCUCAACAUUUCCAACGUUGCGGGUGUUCAAAUUUCCAAUGUCGGUAGUGAAGAUGUGACUUCUAGUAUCCUUCUCGACCUCUCAAAGCAAAUCAACGAGGUGAUUUGCAAAGAUGAUACAAUGAGUGGAGCAGUAAUUACUCAUGGCACCGAUACAUUAGAAGAAUCCGCAUUUUUCAUGGACGCUACCGUUAAUUGCGGUAAACCCAUAAUCAUCGUCGGCUCCAUGCGACCCUCAACCGCCAUCUCAGCCGACGGACCCUUCAAUCUUCUAGAAGCCGUUACCGUAGGUGUCAGCCCCAAGGCUGUAGGCCGUGGAGCCAUGGUUGUCAUGAACGAUCGUAUUAUUUCCGCAUACUACGUUACAAAAACCAACGCCAACACCAUGGAUACAUUCAAAGCCAUCGAGAUGGGGAAUCUAGGAGAACUCAUCUCAAACACUCCUUAUUUCUUCUAUCCACCCGUGGAACCCACCGGAAAAAUCGCCUACGAUAUCUCAAACGUGACUGAGAUUCCUCGAGUAGACAUCCUGUUUGCAUAUGAGGAUAUGCAUAAUGAUACACUCUACAAUGCCGUUUCCAGCGGUGCUAAAGGCAUAGUUAUCGCAGGUGCAGGAGCAGGAGGCGUCAGCACAUCAUUUAACUACGCCAUCGAAGAUGUAAUCAAACGAUUAAACAUCCCCAUAGUCCAAAGCUCCCGCGCUCAAAAUGGAGAGGUUCCUUACUCAGAUAUUAGCACUGAGACGGCAAUGCAUAUCGCGUCUGGAUAUUUGAAUCCUCAGAAGUCGAAGGUUUUACUGAGCAUUUUGUUGGCGCUGGAUAAGAAUUCUACCGAGAUCUCGGAUGCUUUCUCCGGGAGUGUGGUUGCUUGA